AACUCGAACUGUGAGAUCAUGACCUGAGCUGAGAUCAAGAGUCAGACAGACUGCGCCACCCAGGCGCCCCAAUGUCUGUGUGACUCUGUAUGUGGCAUGGUUCAGAGAUGGGCAGUGAGAAGGAGAAGGAGCGGAGGCCAGAAGAGCACGUGCCUGAGGAGGGGGAAUGGGGUAAGCCUUGGAGAGUGGAGGACCCGGAGGCUUUUCAGAUCCCAGACGGAGAGAAGGAGCAUGCACAAGAGAGCCUGUCAGGAGGUCCACAGGAGAUCCAUCCAAAAAAGCCGUGGCAGAAAGUCACCAUCCCCACCAGAGAGCCUGGGGGCCCCGUGGCCCAUCCAAGGCCCGAGAUCGAUGAGAAGCCCUUUAUAUGUGCCCAGUGUGGCAAAACCUUCAAUAAUACCUCCAACCUGAGAACACACCAGCGCACCCACACCGGCGAGAAGCCUUACAAGUGCUCUGAAUGCGGCAAGAGCUUCUCGAGAAGCUCCAACCGCAUCCGCCACGAGCGGAUCCACCUGGAGGAGAAGCACUACAAAUGUCCCAAGUGUCAGGAGAGCUUUCGGCGGCGCUCCGACCUCACCACGCACCAGCAGGAUCACCUGGGCAAGCGGCCCCACCGCUGUGACAUCUGUGGCAAGAGCUUCGGCCACAGCGCCACGCUGGCGGUGCAUCGCCGGACCCACCUGGAGCCGGCGCCCUACAUCUGCUGUGAGUGCGGCAAGAGCUUCAGCAACAGCUCCAGCUUCGGCGUCCACCACCGCACGCACACGGGCGAGAGGCCCUAUGAGUGCAGCGAGUGCGGGCGGACCUUCAGCGACAUCUCCAACUUCGGAGCGCACCAGCGGACCCACAGAGGGGAGAAGCCCUACUGGUGCACGCUGUGCGGCAAACACUUCUCCCGGAGCUCCAACCUUAUCCGCCACCAGAAAACGCACAUGGGAGAGCAGGCUGGGAAAGAUGCCAGCUGAAGGCUGGGGAGGGAGAGAGAGCGAGAGAGACCCCAGCCGAGGGUCGGAAGAGCUGUAGGAUCUGCUGCCGCCCCCUUGGCCUGAAGCCCCUCAUCCCACUUUGGAGAACGGUUUUCCUGUUGCCUCCAAAGCCAGGAUCUCCAGGAAGUCCCGAGAAGAGACGCUUGAGAGAAAAUCCUUGCCCCUUUCCAGGCCCCCUUCUUGCCUUGGAAAGUUGGAGGAUAUGGUCUUGGCUUCAUCUCCUUGGGAUGAAAGAGAAGUAGGGUAGGCUUAGCACAUAUUCCUAAUUAGGGCAACCAUGCCCCGGCCUUUGAGGAAGUCCCUGUGAGGUGGGCGUCCCUGUCUGAAGGCCCUCCGCCUUGUGUGUGGAACUGCUGAGGGCGCACUCGACGGCUGCCAGCUCCCAUCUGCCGGGACCCCCUGCACUGGCAGGAGCAGCCUUCCCAACGGAAGGGGCCUCCUUGGCCUGGGGAAGAGGUCCGGCCCUGCCUUAGGAACGAAAGGGAAGCCCUCAGGGAGCCUUGGUCUGGGGAACUUCACAGUCCCCCAUGUUUGUGACUUGUUCCCUUCCCCCAUCUGCAUCUGUUCCCAGAGUGAUUAACAGUAAAACCCUUCAAUGAAAA